CUUCCAUCCCCCGAAUCUAAAACUCAUCCUUCCCCUUCCCUCUCAAAUCCUCCUCCCCUCCUUCAUCACCACACACCACAACUACUAUACUCCCAAAAUGUCUCUUACAAUCCCCACUAACCUCUCCAAAUCCCUUUUGAAGCCAAAGAUAAAUUCCCAACUCACCCCCAAAGUUUCACGAUCAUUGGUGGUAUGCUCCACCGACAAGACUUCAUCGCCACCAUCAUCAGCUUCACCACUCCAAGCCUUCUCAGCAGCUCUUGCUCUUUCUUCCAUUCUUCUCUCAGCCCCGCAGCCUGCCGUAGCUGAUAUUGCAGGCCUCACACCAUGCAAAGAGUCCAAGCAAUUCGCCAAACGUGAGAAGCAGCAGAUCAAGAAGCUGGAAUCGUCGUUGAAGCUAUACGCCCCUGACAGCGCUCCAGCUCUCGCUAUCAAAGCAACCAUCGAGAAAACCAAGAGACGGUUUGACAACUAUGGGAAGUACGGGCUGUUGUGUGGGUCUGAUGGGUUGCCUCAUUUGAUAGUGAGCGGUGAUCAGAGGCACUGGGGUGAGUUCAUCACGCCUGGUCUCUUGUUCUUGUACAUCGCUGGAUGGAUCGGGUGGGUUGGAAGGAGCUACCUCAUUGCUAUUAGCGAUGAUAAGAAGCCUGCCAUGAAGGAGAUCAUCAUUGACGUGCCUUUGGCUACCGGUCUUAUCUUUAGAGGCUUUAUUUGGCCUGUCGCAGCUUACAGAGAGCUUAUCAAUGGUGACCUUGUUGUCAAGGACGUUUAAUCUCCUCAGGGAUCGAAUGGAAGGACUUGAACUCCAAGGAAUAGCUAGGGAAGAAGAAGGGAGUGCUUUUAGACUGAAUAUUCUUGGUGGGAAAUUUCUUGUACUUAAAAAAUGUUGUUUAAAAAAAACAUACUUUUGAGUCUUAUGUAAUGCAAAUGUUGAAACAUUUGUUAACUGAACGACUUUCCAUUUCAA